AUGGCCCCUCGUACUGGAAAUCAUGAACAUCUGGAACCCGAAGUCCCCCACUUCGCCCCGCCGCCAAUCAAUAUUGACCAGAUCAUUGGGUUGCCGAAUGCCCGCGUCGAAAUUCCGGAAUUCCGCGCAGCCGAAGAGCUUCUCGCGGCCAACCGCGCUCCCGCCGAUCGCGUCGAAGAAGCUCAGGUUAUCGUCUCCCAUUUUGUGAUCUUCGAGACGCGAUUGGCGCUUCUACGUGAUGCCAUCGACCGCGGCGACCCGAGGAUUUUCUUCGUGGGCCAAGACGUGCUUGUCGCCUACAUCGGGGAGUACAGCCGGGUCCAUGAUCGGGCCAAGGCCCGUAUGAUGAUGCUCAUCGCAACCCCUGGCGACCACCGCCUGAACCGCGACUACCUGCGGCUGCAGCGGUCCGCGCUCUCGUGGAUGCGCAGGGUCCGUCUCCUGAAGGAAGAGCUCGAGAUCUCGAUCCCCGCUCUGUUCGGC